UUUACGCGCCUCGGACUGUGCCUCUGGGCUGCGUCUUGUGUUCCAGAGACUCGGUCCCAGGAUAUUUAAAUCACUGUGGCGUUAAAUACGUUUUAAUAUCUGAUAGGGCCAGUUUCUGCGCAUUGCACUUUUUUUUCCUUUCAGGAACGUGUUCGGGCCCGCGGCAGGGGGCGGGGUCGCGCCUCCGCCUCGGCUCUGGUUCCAGCCGAGCCUCACCGACGCCGAGAUGGAAAUCCCGAGGCUGCUCCCGGCUCGCGGGACACCACAGGGCGGCGGUGGCGGCGGCGGCGGCUGCUGCCCCGCGGGCGGCGGCGGGGUUCCCCGAGCCCCGGACGCUCUGGCUUGUCAGGCCCCCACGCGCCGCCUCCUACUGCUCCGGGGGGCCCAAGAUGGCGGGCCGGGGCCGCGGAGCGCAGAGGCCCAGAGGGCCUCACGGGGCCUGGGCCCGAGCCUGAACCGGUUGGCGCCGAGGCCGGAUCACAAGAACGGUGGUGGCGGCGGCGGCGGCCGAGGCGGCGGCGGGGGCGGAGGCGGCGGCAGCAGAGGCAGCGGCGGCGGCAGAGGCAGCGGCGGCAGAGGCGGCGGAGCAGGAGGAGGCGGAGGCAGCGGCGGCGGCGGCGGCGGCCGAGGCGGCGGCGGCGACGACUUCUUCCUGUUGCUGCUUGACCCGGUGGGUGGCGAUGUAGAAACAGUGGGCACGGAGCAGGCCGGAGGGCCCGCGUGGAGGGAGGAGGCCAAGGCAGGGCCGGGGCCCGAGCGGCGCCAGGGCGGCUUGACCCCAGCGGGCCGGCCCGAGCCGGGCCCCCGCUGUCUGUCGGCGGUCCCGGUGGCGUCCCCCCUUCCCGCGGCCGGCCCGGGCCCGGCGGCGGCGGCGGCGGCGGCGGCGGCGGCAGCAGCAGCGGCGGCGGCAGCGGCGACGGCGGCGGCAGCGGCGGCGGCGGCCUUCGCGGGCACCAUCACCAUCCACAACCAGGACUUGCUGCUCCGCUUCGAGAACGGCGUCCUCACCCUGACCACGCCCCCGCUGCCCGCCUGGGAGCCGGGGGUCGCGCCGUUCCCGCAGCCGCAGCAGCACCCGGGGGCGCUGAUCGCCCCGCAGGCCGCCGGGUUUCCGCCCGCCGCCGCCGCCGCCGCCGCCACCGCCACCGCCGCCGCCGGCGGGGCGCAGCUGGGCGACUGCCCCGAGCUGCCACCGGACCUCCUGCUGGCGGAGCCGGCGGAACCAGCGGCCGGCCCGGCGCCUCCGGAGGAGGAGGCCGAGGCCCCGGCCGCCGCCCAGAGCCCCCGCGGGCCUCUGGUCCCGGGCCCUGGCCCGGGCGUGGUGCUGUACCUGUGCCCGGAGGCGCAGUGCGGACAGACCUUCGCCAAGAAGCACCAGCUGAAGGUGCACCUGCUGACGCACAGCAGCAGCCAGGGCCAGCGGCCCUUCAAGUGCCCCCUGAGCGGCUGCGGCUGGACCUUCACCACGUCUUACAAGCUCAAGAGGCACCUGCAGUCGCACGACAAACUGCGGCCAUUCGGCUGCCCGGUGGAGGGCUGCGGCAAGAGCUUCACCACCGUGUACAACCUCAAGGCGCACAUGAAGGGGCACGAGCAGGAGAACUCCUUCAAGUGCGAGGUGUGCGAGGAGAGCUUCCCCACGCAGGCCAAGCUCAGCACCCACCAGCGCAGCCACUUCGAGCCCGAGAGGCCUUACCAGUGUGCGUUUUCUGGCUGCAAGAAGACGUUCAUUACUGUGAGUGCCCUGUUUUCUCACAACCGCGCCCAUUUCAGGGAACAGGAACUCUUUGCCUGCUCUUUCCCUGGCUGCAGCAAGCAGUAUGACAAGGCUUGCAGGCUCAAGAUCCACCUGCGCAGCCACACUGGCGAGAGGCCUUUCCUUUGUGACUUCGAUGGCUGUGGCUGGAACUUCACCAGCAUGUCCAAACUCUUGAGACACAAGAGGAAGCACGAAGACGACCGCAGGUUCACCUGUCCCGUGGAGGGCUGUGGCAAGUCCUUCACCAGGGCGGAGCACCUGAAAGGCCACAGCAUAACCCACCUGGGCACGAAGCCUUUCGUGUGCCCCGUGGAAGGCUGCUGUGCCAGGUUCUCUGCCCGCAGCAGCCUCUACAUCCACUCCAAGAAGCACUUGCAGGACGUGGGGGCGUGGAAAAGCCGGUGCCCGGUCCCCACCUGUAACAAACUCUUCACAUCCAAGCACAGCAUGAAGACCCACAUGACCAAAAGGCACCACCUCAGCCAGGACCUCUUGGCCCAGCUGGAAGCUGCCAACUCUCUCACACCCAGCAGUGAACUCGCCAGCCAGGGGCCGAACGACCUCAGUGGUGCCGAGCUGGUGUCUCUGUUCUCGGACGUGCCUGGCCACAGUUCUGCUGCGGUGCUGGACACGGCCUUGGUCAGCUCUGGCAUCUUGACUAUUGAUGUGGCCUCUGUGAACUCGAGCCUCGCAGGAAGUCUUCCCGCCGCCGAUAGUAACAACAACACCCAUUCCUUAGGGCAAGCGGUGGACCCUCGGGCCCUGAGGGGGGCCCCCGGUGACCUCCCCCAGAGUCUGGACACCUCUCUCUUCUUCGGAACCUCGGUGGCCGGUUACCAGCACAGCCCCUUAGACGUGGACGAUGUCUCCGCUGGGAACGUGGGGCUCUUUGGCUCCUUGGCUCUGAAGAACUCAAGCCUGGAGCCCCAGGCUUUGACCCCCAGCAGUAAGUUAACGGUGGACACGGAAGCUCUGACUCCCUCCAGCACCCUUUGUGAAAACAGUGUCUCCGAGCUACUGACCCCAGCCAAAGCCGAUUGGAACGUGCACCCCGAAUCUGACUUCUUUGGGCACGAGGAAGAAACCCAGUUCGGAUUCUCCCACCCGACAGGAAGCCAUGGGUCUCAGAAAGACACAGAUCUUAUCACGGUGACCGGCACCCCGUUUUUGGUAUGAACCGACUCUGCCUGUUCCCUGCCUGCCCUGUGGCUCACUUUUUAUCACACUCAAAUGUGAGAACGUUCUGGAAAGACUGCUUGCGUUGCUUGCCUGCCUGCAGUUGUUUCUUGCUGCCUUGCAAAGGAACGCAUCUGUGGACUACCGAUUUAGGGAUUUCAAUUCUCAUCUUGAGGCUGGAACUGAUGAGUUCUCUGACUCGGAGCAAGUCUCUUAACCUAGCUGAGCCUUAAUUCAUUAUUUAUAUAAGUAGUCUUUUUUUCUAGCUUAUUUCCUCUUUCGUUUUCAUCUGAAUUUCAAUUUUUUGUAUUCCUUUGGUGUAAUUUUUUUAUAGUAUUUCAUAAUAGUUACAUUGAAUCUAAUGUAAUGAAAAGGAUUUUGAUCUCUUUGAACAUUAAAUGAUCAGAGAUAGAGGAACUUGUGUUUUAACUUUUAACAUUAGUCUUACCUUCUUUUUACAGUAUCCAUUGUAUCAGUAGUGUGCAAAACUGUUGAAUAUUAUGUGUUUUUUUUUGGUGUUUAUUUUUUCCGUAUUCUUAUGUUGUCUUUCUGUAGGAGGUUUUUUUAAAAAAAAUAUCAGGGAUUUGAUGUAUUACAAGCAUAUUCUAAAGUCUUGCCUCAUUACUCUGGAGCAAGUGGCCUUAUACUAGUCCUUUGGUCUUCCCAAGCCUUACUUUGCUAGCCUUAGAGUAGUGAAAAAAUGCACAUUAUUCUCAUGCAUAGUGCAUCUUUUUAUGCUUGAGAUUGUUACUGAAGGGAAAAUAUUAUAUGUUUUGGCUUCUCUGAAUCUUCUUUAGUUUUUUUAUUUUUGCCUCCCUCUUAAAGUCCUAGAGUACACAAGGUGGGAAACACAUAUCAUAGUUUUCAUCCAAUAAAAGUUUGUAAGUAUUAAGCAUACAUGGGAAUUUAUUCCUUCUACAGUUUCUUGAGGAAUUUUUCUUUCCAGAGUUCUCAUUUACCAUUGUUCACUGUUCUAUUCGUCCAGUUACCUAGUGUCUGCUCUGGAUCAAAGCCAGCUCUUGGCCUGACUCUACUAUUCCAAUAGAAUUUGGAAGUGGACCAGAAGGUAAUAUUCAUUUCUUUUUCCUGGUGACCUCAUUUGUAGUCCUCUCUGGAAUGAGAGGUUUGCUAUGUAUUUUGUUAUAAAAAUACUGUCAAUAGCAUGACUGUAGCAUUUUUUGAUUUAUAUAAAAAUUUCAUAUCUAAUAUAUUUGAUCAUCAUAAUCUUAAUGAAAAAGUGUAAACUUCAACUGGUACUAAAACUUUCCUGAUGUAAAUUGAUUUCAUUUGGUAAAUAUUAAUUAUCUCUAUAUGUGUAGUUCAAAUCAAAGAGGAAAUAUUUCUACCUCUCCCAUUCUGCUCUUCUGAGUUCCAUAUUCAUUAUGUUUAUGAGCAACCCUUUUGUCGUGCCUAUGGAUAGCCUUGUUCCCUUCUGCUCUUUCUGCUCCCCCAUUCCUGUCGUUCUUGAUACAUGCACACCAGUCUGUACUAUGCCUCUACUUUUUUCUCUAAUUUUUCACUUCUUUUUGGUCACCCUUUUCUCACAUUAUCUAUUUUUUAGCCACAAUAAUUACUGCAGUCUGUAUGCACCAAGAUGGUAAUUUCUGGAUUCAGAUUACAAGUGUGUUUACAGGAGACAGAUGUUAAGGGGGACAUUUUUCCAAUAAGAACCUAUGAUAAGUACCUCUUUAAACUUGUUCACCAUGUUUUCUACUAGAAAGUAGUUAUUUUGAAAUACUCAAAUUCAAUACUGUUUUUGUGAGGACACUUGAAGAAAACACUUUUUUAUAGCACUUUGGCAAUAUAUAAUUUGCCACUUUGAAAUACAUUAUGUGCUACUACCUUUAUAAUUUUUAAAUUGGUUGAACCCAGUCAGUGAAAAGGUACUAAAAGUACACAUUAACUUUUAAUUUUAAGAAGUAUUCAGAAUUUUAGUGUGUCCAAGCAUCACGAUUAUUAUUGACUUAGCACUUUGAAAAUAUUUUAAAGAUUAUGUUAGAAAUGCAUUUUCAUGAGUUAAACAUUUUUCAUUUUAUUUUGAAAGGAAGGCAAAGACCUGAGGUAAACACAAAUUUUAUAAGCAUUUAUUAAAAUAUAUAACUAUAAAGGUAUUUUAAACUGUCACUUUGUUUCUUUUAAAUUUCUUCCAACUAAAGACAUACUGAAAUAUUCUUAUCUGUAGACUAUAGAAUUUCCAAAGGAUAAAAUUUCAUUUCUUGAUGAUAAAAAAUCAUGUUGUUGUCUUUAAGAUGUUUCUCUAUACCAUUGCCCUAGCAUGAUGGUGGAAUGACUGUAUUACAGUGACUUCAUGUGACUACACACAUAAUGGCCAUGUUUCUGGUGAUAUAAAUUUGACAUUUUUUAAAUGACGAGUCUUGAUUUCAUUUUAUCUCCUUUGACUUUUGUGUUUCUAUAGUCUUUCUUGAUUUAUUAAGAUUUUCUAAUUGUGUUAAUAACAAAAUGCGCUAUAGGAAGGUUGUUUUCAAGGGGCCUUGUGUAGCUUAAUGAUCAUGUAAAAUAUGUUAAUCUUGCUAUAACUUGAUAUUUCAGUUAAUAUUGUAAUGCUAAAUAACUGAAAGACUAUAAAUAAAGCUUGAUGGAUUCUCAGGUCA